UGACCCGAAUGCCGGCCGUUUGAGUCUGGCAGGGCAGGGAGACCUCGGGGUCGGUGCCAGGACGGGAGAAGAGUGACCGGGAGCACCUUAUCUCUGCCCCGGCCGGGGGUGGCCCCGCUCCCCUCCGCUUCCCCUCCAGCCAAAGUCCUUUCCCGUUUCUGCUGACUUGGCUCCGCUCUGCGGAAACCGCCUCUUGCGACGCCUUCCCGUCCCCGGCAGUGUCCCGGCUCGGCCCGGCUGAGCUCUGCCUGCCUCUGCCGUGCCGUGCCGUGGCACCCACCGCCCCCGCUCCGGCAUGUGGCUGCUCCUGGUCCUGCUGCAGGCCGCGCUCCCGCCCGCCCAGCCCUGCGAGGCCCCGGGGGAGGCGGUGGCAGUGCGGGGACUCAGCGCCCGGCUGCUGGGGCUGGUGGGGGACCCGGCGCGGGACCCCGACCCCAGCGUCUACCUGGCCCUUCGCCUGGCUGGUGACCAUGACCUGCGCGGGGAGGAGCGGUACCUGGCGCGGCUGCAGGACACCUUCCAGCGCCACUAUGGCCGGAGCCUGCAGGGAGCCGACCAGCUCCACGGCCACCCCCAGUGGGACGCUGCGGCCACCGAGCACAACCCGAGCGUCGAGGCGGAGUGGCCGGAGACGGGGCGGCUGGCGCUGUACCUGCUGGGGCUACGGGCCACCUGUCCCCCACCUGACCCCGGUCCCCAGCGCUCGUUGGUGACAUGGCUGAAGUACUACCUGGAGGAGGACUGGGCAGGCUCCCGGCGGCACGGCCACCCCCUCACCAGUUACUACCAGUACAGCCUGGGCGUGCUGGCGCUGUGCGUCCACCGCAAGCGGGUGCGGGAGGAGGUGAUCCGCCGGCUGCUGGCGGCCGAGCACCACGGCCGGUUCGGGCAUGCUGGCGGCAGCGCCGUGGGCAUGGGUGCCGGGGCAGAGGCAGCUGCCGUGGGGCAGGGGCUGGGCACGCAGGUGAUGGUCACCACCACCACCACCCAUGGCCUCCCACCUGCGGCGCUGCCCCACUGCCUUCCUCCCUCCCGCUCCCAGGUCUUCAUCGCCACCGACACGUGCCAGACGCAGCCAGCCUACGGCCGGGCCAUGGCUGCGCUGCUGAAGAACCUGGAUGCCUUCACCACCACUGCCACCAUGGCGAGGAGCCGGGUAGGAGCUGGCACCUGCCUGGAGCGGGAGCGGCUGGUGGGGUCCCGGCUGGCAGCGGAGCUGCGGGCGGCCACGCGCCGGGCGAGGAGGAGGAUGGUGGAGGCGCAGGGCCCGGAUGGCUUCUUCGGCAACAUCUACAGCACCCCCUGGGCCAUGCAGGUCUUCAUCGCCACCGACACGUGCCAGACGCAGCCAGCCUACGGCCGGGCCAUGGCUGCGCUGCUGAAGAACCUGGAUGCCUUCACCACCACUGCCACCAUGGCGCAGGCGCUGCCGGCACUGCACGGCCACUCUUACCUGGACAUUGCCUCCAUGCGCUGCCAGGAGGAGCCGGACACGCUGACGCCCGUCAGUGCCGAGCCACUGCCUGAGAUGCUGGGGAACAUGACGGUGCGGCUGGUGGUGGAGUGUCCCCUGCCGUGGUGUCCCCAGAGCCAGCUCUAUGACCAGCCGGUGUCCGUGCCAGCCGGUGCCUCCCUCCUGGACGUGCUCAGGGCAGCCACCACCCAGGGACCCCCCAAUUUCACGUUUGUCACCCAGGACACCCCCCAGGGCCCCUUUCUGAGCAGGGUGCUGGGGCUGGAGGCCCGGCAGCAGCAGCAGAGCUACUGGCAGCUCCUCACCGCCCCCGACACCAGCCUGCAGAUGGGUGUGGCCGACUACAGACCUGAGGACGGGGAGACCCUCAUCCUGCGCCUCAGCCAGUGGUAGCGGGGGGGACACUGUGGCAAUGAAUGGCCUGUCGUGUGGCAGGACUUGCCGGC